AACUGCCCAGUGCUACUGCCGCAUUGAUCCGUACGACCCUUAUGUAUUAGCCGCUAUCAUAACAAGAUACAUCCCUAAACGGCCCUAAACAAUCUGCACGCUUAGCCCGUCGUGUACAGAGGCCACCUUCGCCUUCCUUAUCCUAAAAUCAUAGAUUUGAGUUGCGCUGCGUUUCGAAUCCUCCGUUGUAAUCACUUUUAGCUUAGGUACUAACCUUAGAUUUUGUUACCUUUUCUAUAACUUCAGCCUGUUCGAAAAACAACGAUCAAUCCAACAGUUUGGUAGAUGUAUAAAUAACGGAUGUUAACGUCAUAGUGAGAACCCGAGAAUCCUUUUCGGCGUUUGCAAUUAUGCCUCCUCCAGCUUCGCUCUGGAGCUCGGUGCGCGUUGCCGCCGGCGCGCUUCUCGGACUGGCCUGCUGGACAUCGAUAACCAACGCCGAAAAGAGUGCUGGAGAUUAUUAUGUCCACUCGUUGCCAGGUGUACCCGAGGGGGAUAUGAUUAAGAUGCAUGCUGGACACGUCGAGAUCACACCGGAGCACAACGGGAACAUUUUCUUCUGGCAUUUUCAGAAUCAGCACAUUGCAAAUCGACAGCGCACCGUCAUAUGGCUAAACGGAGGACCCGGCUGCAGUUCCGAAGACGGCGCAUUGAUGGAGAUCGGUCCCUAUCGCUUGAAGGACGAGAAUACCUUACAGUAUAAUAAUGGUAGCUGGAAUGAGUUUGCGAAUCUGCUUUUCGUCGAUAACCCCGUGGGAACCGGAUACAGUUAUGUCGAUACCAACAGCUUCGUACAAACCCUCGACGAUAUGGCGAGCCAGUUCGUUACCUUCCUCGAAAAAUGGUACAAUCUAUUCCCGGAAUAUGAGCACGAUGAUCUUUACAUCGCGGGUGAAUCGUUCGCCGGACAGCACAUCCCCUACAUUGCAAAGGCGAUCCUCGAGCGAAACAAGCUACCUCAAACCCAAACUCCGUGGAAUCUCAAAGGCCUGCUGAUCGGAAAUGGCUGGAUCUCCCCUCCGGAGCAGUACGAGGCGUACCUAUCGUUCGCAUACGAAAAGAACAUUGUCACGAAGGGUUCCGACUUAGCGGCCGGGAUCGAGGCUCAAUACCGUGAGUGUAAAAAGGAUUUAGCUUCAUCUGGUGCUCAUCGUGUGGAUGUCGAUACUUGCGAAAAGGUGCUCCAGGAAAUUCUCCGCCUAACCCGAACGAAAGGUUCGGGAGGUAAUAACGAAUGCUUCAACAUGUACGACGUCCGACUCAAAGAUGUGUAUCCGAGCUGUGGCAUGAACUGGCCCCCGGACCUAGAAUUUGUUACGCCCUACCUUCGAAAGCCAGAAGUGGUCAGUGCACUACACAUUGACCAGAAUAAAGCUACGGGAUGGGCCGAGUGUAACGGUCUUGUUGGCAUUGCGCUCAGGGGAAAUGCCGGAAAGCCGUCUAUCGAAUUUCUGCCGGACCUCAUAAAGGAAGUAAAUGUACUUCUCUUUUCGGGUGCGGAAGACCUUAUAUGCAACCAUCUGGGUACGGAAGCCUUCAUAAGCAACAUGCAAUGGAACGGUGGGAAAGGGUUUGAAUUAUCCCCCGGAAACUGGGCACCACGACGCGAUUGGACUUUUGAGGGUGAAGCGGCCGGCUUCUGGCAGGAAGCUCGUAACUUAACAUAUGUAUUACUAUACAACUCAUCGCAUAUGGUGCCUUUCGACUAUCCGCGCCGAACCCGCGAUAUGCUUGACCGGUUCAUGGGGGUCGACAUCAGCAAAAUCGGGGGUAUACCCUCGAAGAGUUUCCUCGAUGGCGAGAAACUACCUGAUACUACUGUAAGCGGUGCUACUAACCACACCGAGUCCGACCAGGCGGCCAAGGACAAGGAGGUCAGCGACGCCAAGUGGGCCGCUUACCAGAGAUCAGGCGAAGUCGUCCUAGUUAUCGUAGUUGUCGGCGCUACUAUCUGGGGCUACAUGAUUUGGCGCGGUCGCCGCCGAACCGUCGGGUACUCAGGUCUGCCUAUACUAUCUGACUUCCCGCGUGCCACCGGGCUGGAGGGCUUCCGUUCCCGGAGGGCAGCAAACAGCCGCGAUUUGGAGACAGGCGAUUUUGACGAAGGAGAGUUAGACGAUUUACAUAUCACAACACCCAGGGACACAGGUGCGGGCAAGGAAAAGCGUUAUAGCGUGGGAAACACAAGCGACAGCGAAAGCGAAGACGAAGAUGAGGACAACUCGGAGCCGGAGAGGACUACCCGGAAACCUGGCCCCAGCGCCGGCCAGUCGUCAAGUAGGAGCUAGAGUCCUCGGAGAUCGACCGGCAUGAAGCACAGGCGGGCAUAUUUCUCUUUGGCGCACGUGUAGAGCCUCUUGGGUACUUUUUGGCACAAAGGUAACAGGGGGAUUAAGAUAGGAAAACGGAAACGUUCGCUCGUCUUGUCUUGUCUUGUCUUUUUUU